AGAGGGAACCCAUGGUGAAUUCUCUUCCGGGUCUUUGGACUACUAGCUGAACGGCUCCGUCUCUCAUACAAAUGUAUGUUAUGAACUCUUCCACCAGUAGUGGGCGCUGUGGAUCCGCUCGCGUUUGCUGUGUUUCGCCGAAGGAGAGUGUCAGUUUUCCCUUCACUCUUGUUUUUGUAUGUGAGCUGUAGAAAAAUAAGAGGAGUCUCAGUCUCUGUAUGUGUCCUGUCUUCACCCACACAUUGGCCCUGUCUGUCGCUCACUGUCUGGACACAUCAGUCACACUGACACCGUAUCCGAUCCCGAUCUUCAUCAGCGGAGCUGGACCCGCACACCGGGACUCAGUCUAGUCCGGUUCGGCUCGGUUUGGCGGACGGGACACAGCGGGUAUUUAAACGCCAGAACCCGAUCAGAGAUGGAGAGACGCAGACUGAUGUGAAAAGAAGUAGCGCUAUGGAGAUACAUCCACUGUGAGUGCAGUGUGUGGGUGGUGGUGAAUGUCUGUGUGUGACCUGCAUGUGUUCACAAUACUGUGACAAUGUCAAUAUAGAGUAAAUCAGUGCAGUCAUAAGAUCACAUGACAUGUGAUUCCCUGCCUUUGUUCACACAACUGCAACACCCUUUAUUCCAAAUGUUCAGGAAUUGUCUGUUGACGUGUCACUUUUGAGAGUUGCCAUAUGGACACUGCACAGAUAAGACACAUACACGCAUUUUUUAUGCACUAAGCUUUGCCAUCAUAAAGCUGUGGAGCUGAAGGAUGAUGUGAGUGAGAAACAGAGUGUAGUCACCAUCAAUCCACAUCACAUGAGGAAAGCCUUCAGAAUCAUGAAUGAGCUCCGCAGUCAGAGUGUGUUGUGUGAUGUCACCAUCAUAGCGGAGGACAUAGAGAUAGCUGCUCAUCGAGUCGUCUUAGCUGCUGGGAGUCCUUACUUCCACGCUAUGUUUACAGGAGAGAUGACAGAAAGCCGCCAGCAGAAGGUUCGAAUCAAAGAGAUUGACGGCUGGACUCUGGGAAUGUUGAUCGACUAUGUUUACACUGCUGAGAUCCAAGUCACGGAAGAGAAUGUGCAGGUACUCUUGCCCGCCGCUGGUCUGCUGCAGCUGCAAGAAGUCAAAAAGGCCUGCUGUGAGUUUCUCAUAACUCAACUUCACCCAACCAACUGCCUUGGUAUCCGCGCCUUCGCCGACAUGCACGCCUGUACAGAGCUGCUCAAUUUUGCCAACAUAUUUGCAGAGCAACACUUCUCUGAGGUCGUGCAGAGUGAGGAGUUUCUCAGUCUGGGCAUGGAGCAAGUGUGCAGCCUCAUAGCAAGCGAUAAACUCACCAUUCCAUCAGAGGAAAAGGUGUUUGAGGCAGUCAUUGCUUGGGUCACACAUGAUAAAGACGUACGUCAGGAACACAUGGCUCAUCUGAUGGAACACGUUCGCUUGCCCCUUCUUUCCAGAGAGUACCUCGUACAGAGGGUGGAGGAGGAAACUCUGGUGAAGAACAGCAGUGCCUGUAAAGACUACUUGAUUGAAGCCAUGAAGUACCACCUGCUGCCUGCCGAACAACGCACCAUGAUGAAGACCAUUCGCACCAGAGUGAGAACACCCAUCAGUUACCCAAAGGUGAUUGUGGUGGUGGGAGGGCAGGCCCCUAAAGCCAUCCGCAGUGUGGAGUGCUUUGAUUUUGAGAAGGAGAGAUGGUUCCAAGUGGCAGAAUUACCCUCCAGACGAUGUCGAGCAGGUGUCGUGUACAUGGCCGGUGUUGUUUAUGCUGUGGGGGGUUUUAACGGCUCAUUGCGUGUGCGGACGGUGGAUGCGUAUGACCCAGUGAAAGAUGAGUGGUGCUGUGUAAGCAGCAUGCAAGACCGGAGAUCAACACUUGGGGCCGCUGUGCUCAAUGGACUGCUGUACGCUGUAGGGGGCUUCGAUGGCAGCACGGGUUUAGCUACUGUAGAAGCAUAUAACGCUAAGGCCAAUGAGUGGUUCCAUGUCAAUCCCAUGAAUACACGACGUAGCAGUGUGGGAGUUGGCGUUGUUGGAGGUCUGCUUUAUGCAGUCGGAGGCUAUGAUGGAGCAACACGUCAGUGUUUGAGUACUGUUGAGGCCUAUAACCCCAACACUAAUGAAUGGUCUUACACAGCAGAGAUGGGAACCCGACGUAGCGGUGCAGGUGUAGGUGUGUUGAAAGGUCUGCUGUAUGCAGUGGGUGGGCAUGACGGCCCACUGGUUAGAAAGAGCUGUGAGGUUUAUGACCCAGCCACUAACGUAUGGAAACAGGUGGCUGAUAUGAACAUGUGCCGCAGAAAUGCAGGUGUGUGUGCUGUGAAUAACCUGCUUUAUGUGAUUGGUGGUGAUGAUGGCUCCUGUAACCUGGCUUCAGUGGAGUUUUACAACCCAAACACAGAUAAAUGGACCCUACUGCCCACCUGUAUGAGCACAGGACGCAGCUAUGCAGGUGUGACUAUCAUUGAUAAACCUCUCUGAGCAUCUGAGGAGUUGUUGAACACUGUUGGAGCUUAAGCAAACGUACAGCGGAGGAUUCGCUUGCACUGAAGCUCUUACUAUGGCUGAGGCUUCAUCCUGAACUGCUUCAACAUGGACAAGGCCUGGCCAGGAGAAUACUGCUCUCAUUCUCUCUCUCUCUCUCUCUCUGUCCCUCUAUCUCUCACACGUUCACACACUCAUUCAGAUACGUAAAUACAAGCAUUCACACACUACCUCUCUUUUUGUCUCUAGCAUAUAUACUUACACACUCUUCAUCUCUCUUUUCUUUCUGUUUCUCUUGUUUGAGAGUAGUCAUUGCAGAUUAUUGCACUUUGUGGAGCACUAACGAAGCAGGAUCAAUAUAUAACACAAUGUUGUUAACCUCUGAGUAAAGACUGGUGCAAAUAUUUGGCCAGUGCAUCUGAAACAUGAGUUUGAGCCAAGGGGAUGCCCAGCGAUUUUGCUGCUUGAUCAUAGGAUCUGAAGGAACCUUGAUUUUUGCUCAUUCGGAUAAAGUUUGAGUGAAAAUGUGUCUAGUUUAGGACCAGCACUUUGUUGCCUCUUGGAAGCUUGGUGUGAAGUCACUGGACUUAAAACCAUCUUCAUUAUGAAGUUUGGAUGAUUACGAAGAUGUGAAUUUUGUGUUAUGAUUAAAACUGAAACUAAGAAGGGUCUGUACUGAAGACAAACAAACUUUGACAUUUUGCAAUUUGUUUGCCAAGCUACAUUUGAAGUCUUAAAGUUUGAAUAGUCUGUUGUUGUUUUUUCAAUUAAUAUCCUCUGGAUUUUUUCUUGUGGUCUGGUUGUUCAAGAAAUGUGAUCUUUGACAUUUGAAAUGCCCGUUAACAUGAACGCUUCGGCAUGCACAAUACUGUGGACUGAUGCUGGUUGCUUGGGUAUUAAACCGCUUUGCAUGGUUCUAAAUACUGAUGUUUGUGUGCCAUUCUUAAACCACUGCUGUAUUCAGUAACCAACGUAAUAUGCUCUCUGUACUAGUGGUUUUGAACACUGAAGAAAUAAAGUAUAAAGGUACUUUUUCUUUCUUUCUUUUUAAAAUAAUUCUCUCUCUCUCUCUCUCUCUCUCUCUCUCUCUCUCUCUCUCUCUCUCUCUCUCUCUCUGUUCUUUUUCUUCACCCAGGCCUCUUAAUGAAUAACAGUGUAUUAUUACUUGUCAGUCAAGAGGAAUGUUGUGUUCUUGAAAUGUUUCAGAACUUGUUUUUUAUCAUUAUUAAUAAACAUGCUUCUUGUAAA